AUCCCAAGGAACUCCACACAUUAAAGUCUCCUGUAGCUGAAAAAAUCCAAGAGAAACCUGAUGUACCAGUUAAAGUAAAAACCCUGCCGGCGUCACAUUUUUCUCCUCGUAUGAACAGAAAAAGAAGCUAAUAGCAGUACCAGCUUGAAUAUAGUGACCGAUUUUCCUUGACGUUUAAUACAGUUGACUGAUUUCUGUGUUACCAUUGGAAAGGGAAGGAAGGCAGGAAGCUACGGCCCUUCUGCUAGCAUCAUCGGCACAAAACGGUGAUUUUUAAAGGCUUCACGGAAUUAACAGACUCGUAUUUUGGAGAAAACAUGUGCAACAAAGAGACAAUCACGUCGACGGGGAGGAAAAUGAUGAUAAGUGAAAACAUACUUUUUGGAAUGGGUAAUCCCUUGCUUGACAUCUCUGCUGUUGUGGACAAAGAUUUCCUUGACAAGUUUGGACUGAAGCCAAAUGACCAGAUCCUUGCUGAAGACAAGCACAAAGCCCUGUUUGCUGAAAUCGUCAAGAGAAAUAAAGUUGAGUACCACGCUGGCGGCUCUACCCAGAACUCAGUGAAAAUUGCUCAGUGGAUGAUCCAGAAACCACAUAAGGUGGCAACUUUUUUCGGAUGCAUUGGAACGGAUCGCUUUGGCGAGAUCCUGAAGAAGAAAGCCGAAGAGGCCCACGUGGACGCCCGCUACUAUGAGCAAAACGAGGAGCCCACUGGUACCUGUGCGGCUUGUAUCACUGGAAACAAUAGGUCCCUUGUUGCUAACCUGGCAGCGGCAAACUGCUACAAAAAGGAAAAACACCUGGACUUGGACAGCAACUGGGAGCUGGUGGAGAAAGCCAAAGUCUAUUAUAUUGCAGGCUUUUUCCUGACCGUGUCACCAGAGUCCAUCCUUAAAGUGGCGAAGCACGCUUCAGAAAACAACAAGAUCUUCUGCAUGAACCUCUCUGCACCUUUCAUCAGCCAGUUCUUUAAAGAGCCCCUGAUGAAAGUUAUGCCAUAUGUUGACAUCCUGUUUGGCAAUGAGACGGAGGCGGCCACAUUUGCCAAAGAGCAGGGCUUUGAGACGGAUGACAUUGCAGAGAUCGCAAGGAAGACGCAAAACCUCCCCAAGGAGAACACAAGGAGGCAGCGGGUGGUGGUUUUCACCCAGGGCAAGGACGACACUGUUGCAACUGUUGAUGACCAAGUGACCAUGUUUCCUGUUGUGGACAUUGACCAGAAUGACAUUGUGGACACUAAUGGAGCUGGAGACGCCUUUGUUGGAGGAUUCCUGUCUGCACUGGUCCAAGAGCAGCCGCUAGAGGAGUGCAUCAGGGCGGGUCACUACGCGGCAAACGUCAUAAUCAAGAGGGUUGGAUGCACCUUCCCAGAAAAGCCAAACUUUCACUAAUGUAUCAAAUCUCCUGUCCUUUACCCAAGAUGUUUUUUGUACAUAUAUAUUAUUCUGAAUUUUAUGUACAUUUUUGAAUUUAGAGUCACUGAGCAAAGAGCAACCUAUUGCAACACAUUUCUGAAUUCUUUUAGAAUCUAAAUUAGACCACCUGCCACCCUGAUGAGGUGAUGGAAAAUAGUUACUCGCAGGUUGAAACUGAUGAUGUUUUUUUUUUCACUCUGAAAGGUUUUAAGGGUUGUAUGUCUUGUGCUUUAUUUGGAAAAUAAAUUAAAAACGUUUCACCAUGUUAAGAGAUUAAUAAUCCAGUGUAUUGGCUUCAAGAUACUCAAGUUUUGUUAGAUUUUUGGCUUUAAAACAUCAAUAAUUUGGUAUAAUUUGAGUUGUAUUUUUCAGAACUCAAAAUAGGUUCUUUUUUUUAUAUUUUUUAGAUUAGAAAUAAUUUUGUCUCAUUACCCACCACCUAAUACAAAUGUUUGUAUGACUCGUCUUGAGUAAAAAGAAAACACAUUUUUAUCCUAAUUUCAUUAAACAUCUAAUCUCCGGUUUA